AUGCCUGAAAUAGAUCCAAAUGUUGAUCAGUUGACGCAGUUUCGAGAGAUUUGUCAUGAAAAAGUACAAAAGUUCAAAGAGCGACUCGACGAGUGCAACAAACGUGUAACAUCGAGGAAGAAGACGAGUGAAACUUGUCAUGAAGAGAUGGUCGAAUAUAUGCACCAUCUGGAUCAUUGUGCAAUGCCGCAAGCUUUCGCUACUCUUAAAUGA